AUGCUCACAUGUGGUAAGGUGGAGGGAAUUGAGGUUCAUGCAAAUGAGGGUGGGGUUACCAAAACACGUGGUGGUGUAUAUUGGUUGAUCUUGCCUGCUGGAUAUCUUGGUUCAUCAUUUUGGGGAAUGGUUUUCAUACUUGCAUCCACAAAUCUUAUCAGUGCAAGAAUUGCUGCUGGUUGCUUUAUUGUUGCUCUGCUUGUUGUGCUCUUCAUUGCUAAAAAUUGGACACUGCGAGGACUUUGCAUCGGUUUUAUCAUUUUUAUUGCAAUUAUUUGGGUUCUGCAAGAGAAGACCACAGUCCGUAUCCUUCGGUACAUCAUUCUCUUUAUUGGUGUUAUGAACAGUCUGUUUUCGGUUUAUGAUAUUUAUGAUGAUCUAAUAUCUAGAAGAGUUAACUCCAGUGAUGCUGAGAAGUUUGCAGAAAUUUGUCCCUGCCCUUGUAAUGGAGCUGCAUGGGGAGUCAUAUGGGGAAUGAUAUCUUUCAUAUUUCUUGGUGGAGCCAUAUACCUUGGUCUUGUCAUUUUGUCUUGAGGUACAAUCUUAUUUUACAAAACUAGCUGCCUAUAUGAAUAGAUUCACCAAAUUGCAUGUGAUGUUCUUAUGGAUUCAAUGCAAAAAUAUGGGAUUAUCCCCUUCCCUCUCUUCCUCCGCCCCAAAUACAGAAUUAUUCUGGUUUGAUCUGAUCAAAGAAACUGCACAUAAAACAGCCAUGCUUUUUUUCCUUUGAUCAUAAUUAGAAUGCUGGAUUUGAAGUCCUAAAUUGUGUUUCCUCUUCUGUGGAUUAAUCUGAACAAUGAUCUUGUACUCCAGGAUAUCGGAUUACCCUGCCUGCUACUUUUGUUUCUAAAUACCCUUUCCUGUUAGUAAAUGAUUGGGUUAUUAGCAGCAUAUAAUCUAAGCACUUAUUCACACGUUUUAUGGGGAUCUUCAAAAAUUCCUAUUGAAAUCCAGAGUGAUGAUGAACCACAGAAUAACUCUCAGUCUGACUGGUUUUUUUCCUCAGUUCCUUUAUUAAGUUAAUGUGUUUAAUGGAACACAUUAACAAGGUAUGGGAAAUGCAAUUGCAAUAUGGAAAUUUGGAGGGCACUCAUUCCGACUUCCAAAAGUCCUCAUCACAAAGUGCAAUGCUUAUGUCUCGGUGUAGAGUUUGUAAAAUGGGUUGAAAUGUCAUGACAAAUACAUGACUUAUACCUUGCUCUUGUGAACCUAUUGAUUGAUAAGGCAUGAACCCUUGUGGUCUUCGCUACAAUCUACCAUCAUUAUGUCUACAGUCUACUCCAAUAAUUGACCAUACAAAAGAAAUAAGAGGAUAAACCAGCACAAAAUAUGACCUUAUUAAUGUUUUCUUUUGUCAUUUAUUUGUUUAUUUGUCAAUGGAAUGCGCUACACGACGCAGGGAAGCCCUCCACCUACCCAUAAACCCCUGCACCCUGAGAUUUAUUUGCUUAACUUCUCUUGACAUUAUUUAUUUUCCGCAUUUUCUCAAGUGUGAACUUUCUGAAAACUUUCCUCAGGUGUUUACAUCUGCAUCUCAGUCAAACCGUGUAUAUAUGAGAUUUUGUAUGAUGACUUAUUCAGGAUGUUUCUACCUAAUAACUUGUUAUCUUUUCAGGUGUAGUGGACUUAGCACUCGAAUUCUCUUUGAUAUUGCAGAGAAGAAAGUUGUUACAAUAUCUUAUUUUGAUUAUUUUUCCUUUGUUAACAUGCUGUAUGCUUCUCAAGACAUCAACCAUAGGUUCAUCAGAUUCACAUUGGACUGUUUUUUUUAAGUUGGUCAUGGCCUGAUUCUUUUGACCUAAUCAUAGUUGGGGUUCAUCUUCUGCCUUAUCAUUAUAUAUUGUAUAUAGGAAAAUAGCAUUGUUGAAUGAUAAGUGUUGAAGAAAAAUGAGAUUUUUUAUUUUUUAA